AUGGCAGGGGCAAGUCCUUCACCUCACAAGCCCAGGCGCAAGCUCAAGCAGGGCAAUGGCAGCGACAAGCCUGCCCGGGCGAGACCUGAAGCUUUGGUUCGAGCGCCGUCCUUCCCCCUGGCGGCGUUUAUGUGGCCGGCCCGGACGUCGUCUACACAAUGGGAGGUGUUGCCGGUGAUUUUGAUGGUAGUUGGCUUGUUUCGAUGGGCCGCAGGACUCUGGGGGUAUUCUGGCUUCCAACGCCCUCCCAUGUUCGGUGACUACGAAGCGCAACGACACUGGAUGGAGGUGACGGCUCACCUUCCCAUCUCACAGUGGUAUUUCCACGACCUGCAAUGGUGGGGGCUCGAUUAUCCGCCUCUUACGGCAUACCACAGCUGGCUCAUGGGCAAGAUUGGGUGCUUGAUUGAGCCUGCUUGGUUCGCACUCUUUACCUCUCGAGGCUCCGAUGACCCAACCCUCAAGAUUUUCAUGAGGGCAACCGUCAUCAUCUCCGAAUAUCUUAUUUAUAUCCCCGCCGCUGUCGUCUUUGCUCGACGAUACAGCAGACUGAGUGGCGUGGCUACCUGGACCAGUUCCGUCGCCCUUGUUGCUAUUUUAAUGCAGCCCGCCACGAUCCUCGUUGACCAUGUCCACUUUCAAUACAAUACAGUUAUGCUGGGUCUUGUUCUCGCCAGCAUUAACAGCAUGUUGGCCGAAAGAUACAAAUGGGCCGCCGUCUUUUUUGUGGCCGCGCUUGGCUUCAAACAAAUGGCCCUUUAUUAUGCCUUCUCCGUGUUUGCCUACCUCUUGGGCAAAUGUGUCCAGCCAAGAAUCAACAUAAUGCGACUCACUGGCAUUGGUCUGGUUACGAUUGCCUCAUUUGCAGUUCUGGUCCUGCCCCUGGUUAUCGGCACACUGUACGAUAGGCACCGAGGAAUCGACUCAUGGCCUGAUGUGGACGGACCGCCGCCACCGCUUCCACUGUUCCCUUUUGUUGCCCAAUAUCUUGAUACCCGCUCUGCUCUUUAUGCUAUAAUAGAGCAAAUGAUUCAGAUGGUCCACCGUAUCUUCCCCUUCUCCAGAGGAUUGUUCGAGGACAAAGUAGCCAAUUUCUGGUGCGCUAUGAAUGUCGUCGUUAAACUUCGCAAUCUCCCCACCGACCUGUUGCAGAAGGCUGCUCUCGGUGCCACGCUCCUGUCCAUUAUCCCACCGAAUCUGGUCCUCUUUAUCCGGCCAGAUAAGAAGCUGCUGCCGUUGGCGUUUGCUGCCACUGCCUGGGGUUUUUUCUUGUUCAGCUACCAAGUCCAUGAGAAGAGUGUCCUCCUUCCUUUGAUGCCAAUGACUCUGCUGCUGGCUGGAAAACAGGGACUCAACGGCGACACGCGAUCAUGGGUUGGGUUCGCCAACCUUCUCGGGGCUUGGACGAUGUUCCCAUUGCUCAGCAGGGUAGAUCUAGCCGUGCCAUAUACUGUUUUGACGCUGUUAUGGGCAUACCUAGUCGGACUGCCCCCGACAUGCUGGACCGCUCCGUUCAUGGAGGCCGGGCCUGCGCCCAAGCAGUGGGCAGUUGCUAUUAUUCAUUCUUGCUUCUAUAUAUUCAUGGGCGUUUGGCAUGUCGUCAACGCCAUUGUGCCCCCGCCCGCUGAUAAACCGGAUCUAUGGGUGGUGGCCAAUGUCGGUGUCGGUUGCGCCGGUUUUAUGCUGUGUUACUUGUGGUGUUUCUGGAAGUUGCUGGUAGACAGUGGCCUUGUGGCAUGGCAGUCGCCAAAGACGAAGACGCAAUGA